AGACAAAAAAGUCGCAGAGCUUAGAGUGCUAAGCAAGCAAAAAAUAAAAAAAAACGCCAUGGAUGCACAGCAACAACAGAGACAACAACCCUCACGGCCCGGCGGCGCCGGUGACGGAAGCGGCGGCGGAGAUUUCACUCCGAUACUCACAGUGUUCAUUGCCUUUAUUGCCAUUUUCGCAUUGGUCGUGGCUCCUUCUAUGUCAACACUAAAUAAUAGUUUAUCCAUGUUACAUCAAGUGCCGGAAGGUCAUGUUGGAGUCUAUUGGAGAGGAGGUGCCCUUUUAAAUACAAUAACUGAUCCAGGUUUUCAUAUGAAACUGCCCUUUAUAACUCAGUUUGAACCCAUUCAAGUUACUCUUCAAACAGAUCUGGUGAGGGAUAUUCCUUGCGGAACGAAAGGAGGCGUGAUGAUCAACUUUGACAAAAUAGAAGUUGUUAACCGCCUUCGGAAGGACCACGUGUAUGAUACUCUGCUGAAUUAUGGGGUCAAUUAUGAUAAUACAUGGAUAUACGACAAGAUCCACCAUGAGAUCAAUCAGUUCUGCAGUUCUCACAGCCUUCAACAAGUUUAUAUUGACAUGUUCGAUCAGAUCGACGAAAGAAUGAAAGAUGCACUUCAGGCCGACUGCACACGAUAUGCUCCAGGUAUUGAGAUUCUCAGUGUACGUAUUACAAAACCUAGCAUCCCAGAGAGCAUAAGACGAAAUUUUGAGAACAUGGAACAGGAGCGCACCAAGGUCUUGAUUGCAGUAGAGAGACAAAGAGUUGCUGAGAAGGAAGCAGAGACACAGAAAAAGAUAGCAAUUAGUGAAGCUGAAAGAAAUGCUCAUGUUAGUAAGAUCCAGAUGGAACAGAAGUUGAUGGAAAAAGAUAGUUUAAGGAAGCAAGAAGAAAUUGCAAAUUCAAUGUACCUAGCUCGUGAAAAGAGCUUGGCAGAUGCAUCUUACUAUCGAACAAUGAAAGAAGCAGAAGCAAACAAGCUGAAGCUUACUCCACAAUUUCUAGAACUGCGAUUCAUUGAAGCUAUAGCCAACAACUCGAAAAUAUUCUUCGGGAACAAGGUGCCCAACAUGGUUCUUGACCAAAGGCUACUUGGAAACUUUUUGCAAGAGGGUGUGCCGCGCGCGGAGUCUUAGGGGUGUACUGUUUAUGCUCGUUUGUUGAAGUUUGAAAGUAGAAAUUUUCUGGUACAUCACACACGGAGUAUGAUACAAUGUAUUGGUUUAUUUGUAUAUUUCAUUCUGUAGUAUUCUGAAUCAAGUUUAUACCUUUCUUUGGACAUGGAAACUCUACAUUGUUGAUAUGCUAUUUGCUUGUGUAACUCCACGGAAUUGUGAAUAAGCAAUACCUAUUGCGUAUAUCAUUUGGAAACUAAUAAUGAGGAGCUUUAAUUAUCAGGCGGUGAAAAAGAA